AAUAAAAAAAUGGAGAAGGGUAUCCAAGGGACCAUCAAUCUUAGAAGAUAUGGAGAAGAAGAAGAAGAAGCUGUGGAUUUGAGCGGUAAGGUGCACCUGCUCCCCUGCUGCAUCAAAUUCAACGGCCCUUGUGACGUCUCCGACUACUUCAAACCCAAACCCACCGGGAUGGAGUCUGAUGGUUUGAAGACGCAGGAGGCUUAUUUUCGAGGAAGGAAGCUGCAGGGUGCAAAUGUUCCCAUCCCAGAUGGGUAUUCCGGAUUUGUCCUUGGGAAGAAGAGUCUUGACAAGAGAAAAGCUUCCAAGAUAUCUGAAGGGAAUUCGAACUGUUGGGAGAUAAAUGCCAAAUAUAAAAGCAUUACAUAUUGGAAUCAUGACAGCGUUCCUUCGCAGGAUGAUGCAUUCUUGCGUUCUUUUCAUUGGCUUGCUGUAGCAAAAACUAUGCAUGAACCAGUAACAGCAGAAGAUUUGGUUUCUGCAUCAGCUGUUCUGGAAAAGUUGAACUGAUCAAGACCUGUACGGAGCAUUUUAUCUCUCUAAGCUCUGGGUACAAAUUGCAUUUUUUGACUUCGCUUGCUUGUAAUAUCUGUAUUGAUACAUUUUAUUGGCAAUAGAAUAUGACGUGCGAAUGAAAGUUCAGAG